UGUAGAGAAGAAGAAGCAUAUUACGCAAACGGAUCCCACACUGUUGUUAAAUUGCUAAUUGUGUAUGAAAAUGUCGCUCCUCAGCGCAUUCGCCAGACUAAGCCUGCAAAACAGCCUCUGUGCCGCCCGUUGUCUGCACACGACGCCGAUACUUUGUGCCGAACCGCUUAAGAAAAAGAAAAAGCUGGAUCCCCAAAUUAUUAAACAACGUGAGGAUCGCAGAAAAAAGAAGAUUGAAAAGCAAAUCCGCAGGCUAGAGAAGAAUGCGCGACAGCUGAAGCCAGUGGAAGAGCUUGAAGUGCCCAUGGAGCUAAUUCAAGAAAAGCAAAAACGCCUGCGUAAACUCACACCAAUAAAUCCUACGGAGCUGGAACAGCGGGCACAGCUCAAGAAGCAAUGGGCGCGCUACAAACAUGAACAAAAAGUGACCGACUUUCAAAUCAUAGACCGACUGGUACAGUCCCAAAAUAAAGCACUGGAAGAACUGCGUCGCGAGUCCGAGGAACUAUAUCAGGCAGCCAUUGAAAUGGACCUGCAGCUUCUGCCCGUCACUCUUACAGGACCCGUGGCUACACCGCCCAUUAAGAACUAUGUCAGUCCUGAUGGCGACUAUAUACGUCAGGCGAUGAAGUGGGAAUAGUUCACGUACUCUGAACACUAAUUAAGAAAACAGUGUGCACGUGCUAGUUGUUAUAUACUUUGUUUACAGCAAAAUAUAGAAAUUACAAUUUUAAUUAUACACA